ACUUGAAGGCUAUUACUAACGUCAACAAGCAAAUAGAAGACUCUGAUGUUAACCCAAAGCGGGCCUGAAAUCAACCUCGAUUCACAGUCAUCUGAGACUGAAAAACUUUGUGUUCACAUUUCGCCUUUUUUUAUACCAGGGCUAUCAUCUAUCAUUGACUCGCUGAAUAUUCAAGAAGAAGAAGGGAAAGAAGAAAGAAUGCAAAUUUUGCCACCAUUUGUUAAACAAAAAUAAAAAUGAUAUCGCAGAAUCUUUACCAUCAUUUAAUUAAUCGCGCUUCUGGUUGGCAUCCUAGAGGCCAACGUCAUCCCUCAGCGUCUCAAUAUCUUAAUUAUCAAAGAGAAUUUUACAAAUCCAUAACGCCAUCGUUAACAAUCCAAAAUGUGGAUAAGCCUUUAGUAUAUUUGCGUAAAUUUACUCCUGAUGGUCAACUACUACUCGGUUUUUCCUAUGAUCAGUGUCAUUUGGAAGUCUUCAAAUAUCAAGGUGUCGGUUAUGUUAUGGAUUUGCUGUUAACACAACAAGGAGAGUGUGUUACUGCCUCUGAUAGUAGCCUUUACUCUUUACAUAUAAGACAGUGCAUCUUUGAGCGGAUGUUAAAAAGAGUUUACUGUCUACGGCUUGUAAAACAAAGUGGACCAUUUAAAUCACAUAUAAAUAGGGAGUUCAGUGCAUUUUUUAGAGACGGUACGUUUGUGUUGUUGGCGGCUGUUUCCGAAUCAUAUUCUUCGUUUGAUUCUUUUAAAAGACUAGUGGAAUAUGCCGACUUAUGGGAUGAUAUAGAUCACUUCAAUUACACAUUUUUUUUAGUGAAUUUGAAGUCAGGCAUUGUUAGCGACAAAUUAAUAUAUAACGACGAUUCUCUUAUGUUGUCACAUAAUCGUAGUGUUUCGGUGUAUGAGCAUACUCUUGCUAUCCUAUCAAACUGCCGCCAGUGCAUAGAUUUGACUCAAAUAGAUUCGAACGGGAAAUUUAAACGCCUUUUUACCUUGGGACCAUUUGGAAGUGAUCUGGACCGAGAAAGAAUUCUAAGUACCCAACAACCAAGUUCCUGUGUUUAUCAUAUCAGCACUGAGAGUUUUGAUACCUUGCCACUGUCACAUCUGAAACAAAAAAUAUUAUCAUACAUGUAUCGAAAUAUAAUGGAAACUGAAGACAAAUCGAUCAGAUUGAAAAAGCUGAAGGAUUUUUACUUCAAUUUUUCGCACGUUGAACGGAUGUUAAUUUCCAAAAUGCAAUUGCUGGACAAUAACAAUAUCUUUAUGCGCUAUGAAAGUCGGCCAACUCUAUUGACAGAAGAGCGAUCUUCGGCAGAUACGUUAAAUAAAAAUAAAAUCUCGUUUCCAUUAUACGUAAUAUACAAUAUUUCAGAACAAACUAUUUUAAAAAUAUUUCCUAAAAACUCUGUCCAAUUACUAUACAUUCUGCGCAAUUUUUGUGACGAUUUUCGUAAUGUUCGAUCGCUCCAAAAUCAGUUACCGUCAUCUUCUCCUAACAACAACGUUUAUUUUCGGGCUGCUUUUGAUUUAGCAAUUUCGUCAAUACCGGGCGGUCAGUUGGAAGCUGCUUCACGUUUUAACUCAACAUUACCCAUUACUUCGCAAAGUUUCUCUACGAGUCCCUACUUGGAUUAUUCACUUUUUAAUUAUGAUGAUCGUUUAAUAUCUGCAUGGGAAAGGCCGAAAGUUAACAUAUUAACUCCUAUAUGCUUUAGAGAUCGCAUCGCUAACGAUAUUAAAUUUCGGUUAUUUUUGGAAACUUCAUUCAAAAAUGGUCAGAGAGCAACUGAGGACUCUGGUUUGAGAAUGUCGCAGCGGGAGUUGGUAACAUUUAUCUUUCAUCCAUAUGAACCGUUUAUAAUAAGCAUACAAAAAGUAUGCAGAGGUUACACCAUUAAUUUUCAUAUUUACAAUAAAAGAUCUAGAUUUAAAGUUCAAAUACCAUACAAUAUAGUGUAUAAAAUUUGAUUUAUGUGCUGUAAAAGUUGGGAAAAGCAGUUUUGUGAAGUCUAUGCCCUGAUUAUGUAUCUUUUAGUUAGCUUUCAUUUAGAAGGCGUUCCUUGAAACCCAUUUUGUUGAGUGUUAUGUAUGGUUUUCAUCAUACGAAAUUCAAUUCGUGAAAAUAGAACGAUACAAAAGUAACGAAGCCAUACAAACGUAAAUAAAAACAAAAUCACGCAGCCGUAAAUGCAAUCGUAACGUAAAAUUGUUGGUUUUUUAUAAAUGUUUAGAAGUCAUAACAUGAUAUA